CGAAAAAAUUACUCGAGAGAACAAAAGCAGCUAGAGAGACAGAUAAGUCAUGGCAUCAGAGCAAGAAAGAAGAGAUCCCCAGAAAAGGGCGGAACUGGAAGAGAAAGCAAAGCUGGGAGAGACUGUGGUUCCUGGUGGAACUGGUGGUUUUAGCGUUGAAGCUCAGGAGCAUCUUGCUGAAGGACGACGCAAGGGAGGGGGGAGGGGAGGGCGGACUAGGAAGGAGGCUGAGGUGAUAGGCCCAAGAGACGAGUCUGGAGAAGAGCGGGCUGAUGACGAAGAAGGCGUUACAGACAUGCACGAAACAAAUAGUCGCUCACUGAAAUGAGGCAUUUCAAGCUUGAAAGACAUGUGAACUUACAUAUUAAUUAGUAACUUUGUUUUCAUCAGUGGCUGCCUCUUAAACUAGAUCAAACUCAUCAGAGUGGUUGUACUAGGACCGUUGUAUCGUUUAUAGGGUGUGUAUAUAUAAGCUAGCUAUAUAGUUAGCUGGCGUACUAGUGUUGUUGCUUGUGGUGGAUUGAAGUUGCUAUGAAGUUCGUUUUAAGAA